AUGGCGCCCUCCCUGCUGCCUGCCUGCUGCUGGCGCGACGAUGGCUGGCGCCCACCCACCCGCCUAACCAAGCCAGUGGCGGCGGCCCUCCAGGCGCUGGCCGCCGCGGAGGAGCAGCUGGAGCAGUGGGUGGCGGGCACCGGCGGCAGCGCCAGCAGCGGCAGCAGCGGCGGCGACGGCGGCGGCAAGGGCGGCGGCGGUGGUACUAGCGGCAGCCCCCAGCAGCAGCCUGGCAGCGCUGCUUUGCAAGGCAGCGGCUGGCCUCCCAGCUCGGAGCAGGCGGCGGCACUGCUGGCCCGCAUCCGCUUCCGGCGGCUGGUGCUGGAGGCGGCGCAGUCGCUGCAGGUGUACAGCCAGGCGGGGGUGGAGGCGGCGCGCCGGCAGUGCCAGCUGGCAGAGGCGCAGCUGGCGCUGGUGGAGGGGAGCGCCGGCCUGGCGGCGGCGCCGAACAAGGCCCCGGGCUUUGUGCCUGACAUCAACCGGCAGCACAUGGGGCUGGUACCGCCGCGCCGCGUGCACGCGGUGACCCUUGGGCAGGCGGUGGAGCACUGGCGGCGCGUGCUGCGCGGCCUGGCCGACGCCUUGCACGCCCUGCUGUUUGUGCGGGGCAGCUGGCAGGCGCUCAAGGCCGCCCUGGUCGACCUCGCCUCCCACAACCAUCACUCCAUAGUGCGGUCGGCGCUGCACCUGCAGCUGAUCAAGCCGCUGCCGCCUCCGCCCCCGGCCCCGCCAGCCGGCGCCGCGGCGCCGCCUGCGCUGCAAAACGGUGGCGGCGGCGGCGGCGGCGGCGGCGGCAGCAAGCCCGGCGGCGGCAGGAAGCCUGCGGCGGAGGUGCCGCCGUGGUGCCCCGGGCAGCAGAUGGUGUGCCAGGAGUUGGGGGUGGCGCUGCCCUCGGUGCCGUGCCCAGAGGCGGCGCUGUUCCUCGAGCAGGCUGCGAUAGCGAUCCAGGGCCAGGCGUUCGCGCUGUGCCUCAACCGCUGCCGCCAGCGCCGCCGCCUGCGCCGCCAGAUGGAGGACUGGAAGAACAUCUUCGACCACGCCUUCAACGCGGACGUGACCCCCGAGAUGCAGGGCUGGCUGGCCAAGGCGGGGUGGCGGUGGGAGGGCCAGCACGAGGGCCUGCUGCAGGGACAGGGCCCGGCCGCGACCUGGGCGGAGCGCGAGGCGGCUGGCUGCGCCCUGCUGCACCUUCAACUCGGCUUCCCGCUGGACCUGUAUGCCCCGUACGAGUACUGCCAGAUGUACUGGUACUGCGACUACCUUCUAGAGUGCCAGUACCGCCAGGGCCGCCUGCUGCACGCCGCCGCCCCGGCGCCGCCGCCACCCCCCCGCCGCGGCGCCGGCGGCCGCGGGGGCAAGCAGCGCAGCGGGCGCGGCGGCGGCGCCAGCCCCAGCAGCGGGCAGAUGAGCGCCGGGGAGCAGGUGGUGGCGGCCAGGGAGGUUGAGCUGGUGCUGCUCGAGGUCGAGCGGCUGAUGUGCGGCGGCAUGUUCCGAGCGGCCAUUGCGCUGCAGCAGCUGGGCUGCAUCGCGCUGCCAGACGCGCCCUUCAACACAGAGGAGCAGCGGUACGAGCAGCGCUUUGGCUUCCUGGAGCAGAUGUGCCGCCCCGAGCUCCUCCCCUACCCCCACUACCGCUCCAGCACCGACCCUGCCGGCCUGCCGCCCGCCCGCGUGCUGGCAGUGGCGCUGUCCUCCUUCCAGCGCGCCGGCGAGCGCGCGGGCGGGCUGCUGGCGGCGGCGCCGCUGCGGGCGCUGCUUCGGGAGGAGCAGGUGCGGCACCUGGAGGGCGUGCGGCGCACCGCCGCCCAGAACGCGGUGGCGGCCAAGCUUCUGGCAGCCACCGCGAACCAGCCGCGCUUCUACCAGGGCCGCACAGGAAUCACUGCCCUGAAUGUCGACCCCCAGGGCGCCCUGUUCCUCAACGACGCCCUGCUGCGCACCCUCACGCGCCAGCUGGGCCUGGCCGAGUGCCAGGUGCUGCUGACGCAGGGGGAGGAGUGCGAGGCGGCGCUGGCCGCCGCCCCCUGCCCUGACCCGUCGUGGGUGUGCGGCGGCGACAUGGUCAUCGCCAACUCCGUCUACCAGGCCGCGCGCAGCGGCCUGUGCGCCGGCGGCAGCACCGAGGCCGUCUGCCAGACGCUGGCCGACUAUCCAGACAUCGCCGCGGCGGUGGCCGCCGGCGAGUGCGAGGCCAUGUGCUUUGCGCAGCUGGCGGCGGGCAAUGACACCGCCAGCGGCGGCGACGCCCCCGGCGCGAAGCUGGGCCCGCCGCCGCCGCCGCCAGGCCCUCCCAAGGCCCCCGCCUCCGCCUGCUACGCCUUCACCCUGCAAGUCGACUCCGCCACCCAGAAAGAGGCGCAGACGGUGGCAGCCAACGUGCACAAUGCCUCCACCAUGGGAGUGCUGCUCGACACCCUGGCUUCUUAUUCCGCCCCCGGCAAGCGCAUCGCCUUUGUCAUGGGAGACACAGACCUCAGCCCCAUCGUCGGCUUUGGCUACUUCCCGCCGCCCAGCCCGCCGCCGUCCCCUCCUCCACCCUCCCCACCGCCACCGCCCUCCCCGCCACCGCCCCUCGUGUCCUUCCAGCCCACCGCCAACGCCUCCGGCAGCAGCCCCAGCUUUGACAUCCAGUCCGUGGAUGGCUCAGCUGAGCUGCAGUAUGGCGCCUGGAGCGGGUGCAGCUCUCCCUGCGGCCCCGGCUGGCAGACGCGCUCCGCCUCGUGCCUGUCGGCCACAGGCUCGCUGCUGCUGCUGGGGCUGUGCCCUGGUGCCGAUGGCGCCCUCAUCUAUCGUGCCUGCACCGGCCCCUCCUGCCAGACCGCCCACUGGGAGUACUCUCCCUGGAGCGCCUGCAACGCCACCUGCGGCGGCGGCGUGGCCACCCGCGUCGCCACCUGCUCCGCCCCUUCGGGCUCUAAGUGCGACCCAGCCACACAGCAGGCCACGGAGCAGGAGUGCAACACCGCCGCCUGCGAGGUCUUCGCCUGGCGGGCAGGGGACUGGGGCGCGUGCAGCGCCAGCUGCGGAGGCGGCGACCAGUCGCGGACGGUGGCCUGCGUCGAUCCCUCGGGGCAGGCGGUCGCCGGCGACAAGUGCGCCGUGGCGCAGCCGCCCGCCCAGCAGCGGUGCAGCCUGCAGCCCUGUGACUUCUGCGCCGGCAACGGCUGCUUCGGCUACGGCGUGUGCAGCGGCGGCGCCUGCGCCUGCAGCCCGGGCCUAAACGUUACGGGAGAGUACUGCCAGGUGCCCGCCGACUGCGACAGCGGUGUGGUUGAUGUGCAGCUGCAGUGCUGCGGCUCAGGCCUGGUGGAUGCAUCCGGCGCCUGCUGCCCUGCUGGCGCUGUGCUAGACGCUGCGGGUGCCUGCUGCGACGCCGGAGUGCUCGACGCCUGCGGCGUGUGUGGCGGUGCAGCCCUGUUUGUGGACACCUCCGGCGCCUGCUGCGCGACUCUGCUGGAUGCCAACGGCGUGUGCUGCCAGAGCGGGGAGGUGGAUGAGUGCGGCGUGUGCGACGGCGUGGGCAACAGCUGCGCCGUCACGCUGCAGCUGGAGAUCGACGUCAGCCCCAGCCUCAUCUACGGCGACAGCAUCGAGGAGGCCCCCCUGGAGGCCUUCCUCGCCAACCUGACUGACACCCUGCAGCUGCCUCCGGGCUCGCUGUCCAUCGACUCGCUGCAAGAGGCCGACCCCUCGGCCGCAGGCACCCUGGCCGUCGCCUCUGAGGACGGCACCAAGCGCCUGCUGCUGGCAGAGAAGCAAGUGGGCGGCACCGCAGGCGCCGAGCAGGCCUCAGAGAAUGGCAACAGCGCCGCCUCGAGCAGCAAGGCGGAGGAUGAGGAGGAGCCCCAGGAGCCAGUCACCCUGACCGCCACCAUCACUCUGGAGCCAGACGCGGCCGCAGAGGGCGACGGCGGCCCCUUCUCUGCAGCCUGGUUUGAGGCGGCGCUGGUGGCGGCCGCAGCGCAGCAGUCGCCCGCUGCCCCGGUGCAGCUGGGCGGCGCGCAAGCGGGCAGGUUGGGGGUGUGCGGCAAUGGUAUUUGCGAGGUGGGGGAGCGCAGCGUGGAGGGAUCCAUCAACGGCACCUGCCCGCAAGAUUGCGGCUUUGAGUCCAAGAGCUGCCCCGCGGGCUGCGGCGAUGCCGGCGUGUGCCAGCCCGCCAGCGGCGCCUGCCAGUGCUUUGCCGGCUACAGCGGCGCCACCUGCGAGGUCUGCGCCUCAGGCUACACUGCACAGGCCAACGGCACCUGCGUGGCCGAUGUCGUGCAGCUGGGGCUGGUAACCCCGGCAGCCCCCUCCUCCGACACUGGCUCGCCAACCGCACAAACCGACAGCGCAGAGAGCCAGGGAGACGGCGGCAGCACCAACGUCGGUGCGAUUGUGGGCCCCAUCAUCGCUGUGGCGGUGGUGGCCCUCACCGCUGGCAUCUUCCUCCUCCACCGCCGCCGCCGCCGAGCCUUCCUGGCCUUUGCCGCCGCCCACUCACCCACCAGCUCCGGCGGCGCCUGUGGCGACUUGGAGAGCCAGUCUGGCGGCUCCGCGCCUGGCGACGCCGGCGCCGAGACCCGCAGCCUUCGCGACAAGUACAGCUCCGGCAGCAGCCUGGGCGGGGCCAGCUCGCAGGGCGCGUCGCAGGGCGGGUUUGGGGGUGGAGCAGGAGGAGGCGGCGGGCGGGGCAUGCGGGACUCGCAGGACGCGUUCUUGCAAGGCAGCCAGGAGCAGUUCAAGUACUAUUCCAACUCUCUGGCGCUGCAGCCCCAGCCGCAGGGCAGCGGCGGCAGCGCCGGCACACACCCGCUGCGCCACUCGCUGUCGGCGUCCACGGGGGCGCAGCCGCUGGCGGCCGCGGCGCUGGCGGCCGGCGCCCUGGCCGCCACCGCCAUCGCCUCCACCACCCCCAUGCCAGCAGACAGCCACCUGCGCCACUCCCUGGGCAGCCUGGACAAGCAGGGCGGCACCUCCGGCCCCACCUCUGCCACCCAGAGCAGCUCCCAUGCCUCUGGAAGCAGCGGCAGCGGACAGGGCGCCCCCGCGGCACCCACCCUAGACGCCUCCCACCUGUCUGCCGACAGCCCGGCGGUGGCCACCGCCGCCACUUCCAUGAUGGUGCACCCCAUGCUGUCCGCCCAGCCCUCCAUAUCCCAGCUGUCGCUGCCCUCCACUGUGGGAGCGGCGCAGUGGCCGGGGGAUGCCAAGCUGCAGGGAGUGCUGGCGCCGCGCUACGCGGCCUCGCCGCUCGACCCGCAGGCCCGCCUGUUCAACAACCCGGCAUACAACGCAGAGGACGUGGCGCGCAUGAGCGACAGCCAGAGCAUCAUGAGCGCCUCCCAUGUGCCACGCCCCGGCGCCCUGCGCAUGCCGCUCACCGACCGCCCAAGCGUGAGCGGCUCGCAAGAGCUGGCUGCCGACCCGGCGCAGCGCCGCGGGCUGGAUGUGAGCCAGAGCUUGGCCAGCCAGGACACGCGGGCCCGCCGCGACAAGCUGGACAAGCUGCGGGCGGCGGUGGAGGCGCUCGAGGUGGAUGCAGCAGAGGGGCGCCUGGGGUCGGCGCGCCGCAGGGUGGCCGCCCCCGGUGAGCUGGAGUCGCCAUCGGGCGCCCACCCCGCCAACCUGCGGGCCAGCGUGGAGUCGGUGUGCUGGGUGGGGCAGGAGGAGCAAGAGGGCAACGCCUCGCCGCUCACCCUGUCGGACAGCCAGCGCGCCAGGAGCUUCCUGGAUGGCCGUCCCGGCGUGCCCAGGCUGCAGCUGGGCAGGCUGUUUUCCGGCGACCAUGCAGGUGCCGCUGCGGCGGCGGCAGAGGCAGCAUCUUCGCGUGCAGACGAUGCCUCCACGGCCGAGGCGCCGCCGGCCAGGCCCGCGCUGCCGCUGCUGGCGCUCAGCAAGCUCAACCCCGCGGCGGGCGCCAGCAGGAAGGGCGUGGUGCAGUCCAGCCGCAUCCCUGCCGCCAACUUUAGCGCGAUGGAUGCCAGCCUGCACCGCUCCCCCAGCAAGCUGCAGUACAGCUCCUCUGGCUACCUCACCACCACCGCCAGCGCCUCAGGCACAGGCAGCGGCCCCGCCCUUCCCGAUCCGCUGGAGGAGCUGGAUUCGAUGCUGGGCUCGGCCCGGCCCUCGCAGCCCACCAGCACGCGCGAGGCCAUCGCCCAGGGCUUCUCCCGCCUGCUGGCGCCGCUGCGCUCGGCGCGGCGCCAGCCGGACGUGGACUGGGCGGGCCAGCUGUCGUCGCGCGGGCUGGGCACGCCUCGCUCGUGGGCUGAGGACUCGGGCAUGCAGCGCACUCGCGCCGAGAGCUCCCUGCAGCGCAGCCUGGAGCUGGAGGACGGCGCGCCGCCGCUGGCGCCCAGCCCCAGCAUCGGCAUGGGCUCGGGCGCCACCCCCACCACCACCGCCAGCGGCGCCAGCCGCUACUUCAACACCCCGCGCGGCCGCCUGCUGCAGACGCUGGCCGCCGAGGCGGCGGCGGCGCACAAGGAGCUGAGCCUGAGGGAGACGCGGGAGGGGCUGCCUCCCAGCUAUUCGGAGGUGCUGGGGGCGGUGGAUGCCGCGCUGCUUCACUCGGCAGGCUCCAGCCCGAGCAGAAUCCCGCGCCAGGCCUCUGGCCACGGCGGCGGCGCCGUCGACGCGGCGGCCGCCGCCAUGCGCCCCGUCGCCUACCGCAGCCCCUCGCGCAUCCCGCGGCCCGCGGCGCUGGGGCUGCCGCCCUCGCCGUUUGCUGCCGGCGACGAGAACGCGGGCAGCGUGCCUGCCAGCCCGGACAAGGAGCAGCCUGCCGCGGGCGUGGCGGGCCGCUUUGGCCAGGCGCUGUCCAGCAGCAUCGAGAACCUGCGGGGCUUCUACCACCAGUGA